AUGUUGGCGGAUCCUGGUGCAAAAGAUGAAAUUAAACUUAAAGCUGCUCAAGAACUUAGCGAAAAUUUUGAAGUCAUCCUUAGUUCACCACAGUAUCCACAAUUUCUUGACCACUCCCUCAAAAUUUUUCUUAAAAUACUACAAGAUGGCGAGCCACAUUUUAUUGCUGAGUAUAACAUUCAACAAGUGAGAAAAUUAAUCCUUGAAAUGAUACAUCGGAUCCCAAUGAAUGAUACAUUAAAGCCAUAUGUCAAGAGCAUGCUUGUUUUAAUGCUGAAGCUAAUGGAGAUUGAAAAUGAAGAGAAUGUGUUGGUUUGUCUGAAGAUAUUCAUGGAAUUGCAUAAACAAUAUCGACCUACAUAUAGUGCUGAAUUAGAUAUUCACAAAUUUCUUCAAUGGGUAAAAGGUAUAUACUCUGAUUUACCAAAUCAGUUACCUAAGAUAUUUGAGCCAAAACCAACAAUACGAGUGAAAGAUUUGUCAGAGGUCAAUAUAGAGCAACUUUUACAAGAAACUUAUACUACUACACCUAUACACACUGAAAAGAAAUUAAUGGAUGGCAGUGUUGUUACUUACAAUCUCAUUCCCAAAUCUGUAUUAUCACUGAAAGUAAUCCAGGAACUGCCAAUUAUCGUUGUACUUAUGUAUCAGCUAUACAAACAGAAUGUACAUCAGGAGGUUAGCAACUUCAUACCCCUUAUCAUGGAAACAAUCACCUUACAGCCAGCAGCAGCUCACAGGCAAUCAGCAUCCUUUAACAAAGAAGUUUUUGUGGAUUUCAUGGGUGCACAAAUAAAAACGUUGGCAUUUUUAGCUUAUAUCAUAAGAAUCUAUCAAGAGACAAUUGCUAAUCAUGCUAACUUGAUGGUUAAAGGAAUAAUUGGCCUUCUCACUUUAUGUCCACCAGAAGUUGCUCAUCUUAGAAAAGAAUUAGUGAUAGCCACACGACAUAUUUUGGCAACAGAUCUAAGGCUGAAAUUUGUUCCAUAUAUGGAACGUUUGUUCGACGAAGAUGUAUUACUAGGCGGUGGUUGGACUGUUCACGAGUCACUUAGACCAUUGGCAUACUCGACACUAGCGGACCUGGUGCAUCAUGUACGCCAACACCUCCCUCUGACUGAUCUCGCUCUUGCUGCACAUUUAUUUUCCAAGAAUGUGCAUGACGAAUCAUUACCGACCAGCAUUCAGACGAUGUCAUGCAAGCUGCUCCUGAACCUGGUGGAUUGUAUCCGGCUGCGCUCGGAGGGCGAGGGUGCGGGGGCGGGGGGUGGGCCGCAGCCCCAGGGCCGCCAGCUGCUCAUGCGCAUCCUCGAGGUGUUCGUGCUCAAGUUCAAGACCAUCUCCAAGCUGCAGCUGCCGGCGCUCAUGGCUAAGUGCAAGCAAGCUACGGUCGCAACGACGAACAGCGCAAACGGGGCCACUCCUAGCACGCCUACUACACCAGCGCCAAGCACUUCGACCACCGAAGUAAAAUCAGAGGAAGAGAAACCUUCACCCGACUUCUUCGACGGCAUCAGCAAGACCGAGGAGAAAUCCAAAAUAGGCUUUCCCAGCUCGCAUUUGAGCAAUCUCAAUGUCGGAGACUACAGGACCCUGGUCAAGACGCUCGUGUGUGGCGUGAAGACCAUAACGUGGGGAUGCGCCAGUUGCAAACAGACGGCCGCGGGCGAGGGCAGCUCGACGAGCGCGAUCGCCGGCCAGAAGCAGUUCAGCGCGCGCGAGACGCUCGUGUUCAUCCGGCUGGUGCGCUGGGGCCUGCAGUCGCUCGACAUCUACACGCUGGCCGCGCCGAGGGCGCCCGCGAUGCCGCCCGCCCAGCCGCACGUGCGCUCCAAGGAGGAGAAGGAGGUGCUCGAGCACUUCAGCGGAGUCUUUUCCAUGAUGAAUCCGCAAACCUUCCAAGAGAUUUUCACUGCAACUAUUUCGCACAUGGUGGAGAGAAUAAACAAAAACAUGACUUUACAAAUAAUCGCAAAUACUUUCUUGUCCAACCCGGCCACGUCGCCGAUUUUCGCCACGGUCUUGGUCGAAUAUUUGUUGAAACGGAUGGAGGAGAUGGGCACCAACAUAGAGAGGUCCAACUUGUAUCUCAGGCUUUUCAAACUGGUGUUCGGUUCGGUCAGUUUGUUCCCAACGGAGAAUGAGCAAAUGCUGCGGCCUCAUUUGCACAGCAUUGUGAACAAAGCAAUGGACUACGCCAUGACAGCCAAGGAGCCGUACAACUACUUCUUGUUGUUGAGAGCACUUUUCCGUUCAAUCGGAGGGGGGAGCCACGAUUUGCUGUACCAAGAAUUCCUGCCGCUACUGCCCAACCUGUUAGAAGGGCUUAAUCGCCUUCAGAGCGGCCUCCACAAGCAGCACAUGAAAGAUUUAUUUGUCGAGUUGUGUUUGACUGUUCCCGUCAGAUUAAGCAGUCUGUUGCCUUAUUUACCGAUGCUCAUGGAUCCGUUGGUGUCGGCGCUCAACGGCUCUCAUACUCUGAUAUCACAAGGCCUGCGCACACUCGAGCUGUGCGUUGACAAUUUGCAACCGGACUUCCUUUACGAGCACAUCCAGCCGGUCAGGGCGGAUCUGAUGCAGGCUCUUUGGAGGACUCUGCAGAACAACGAAGUGGCGCGAAUAGCUUUCCGUGUGCUCGGGAAAUUCGGCGGCGGCAACAGGAAAAUGAUGAUUGAGCCCCAGAGGCUAGAGUACCGCGAAACUGAUGCCCCACCGCCCGCAGUGCAAGCUUAUUUCCAGGAUCAACCGAAACCAUUAGACUUUGAAGUAGAUAAAGUAAUAGAAACUGCCUUCUCCGCCCUCAAGUCCAGUACUACCGAUCCAUUCUACCGUCGGCAGUGCUGGGAGGUCCUGCGAUGCUAUUUGGCCGCCUCUCUUAACCUAGAGGACGACAGAGCUACGCUGCAGAAGCUGUUCAACCAUCCGAGCUUCGUUGAGGGACCAAUACCUGCGCAAAACGGGCCCUAUUACAAGUGCGCCAAUACCCUUGUGAGGAACACUCACCGGACAGCCCUGACUGGAAUGUUCGUUGCCGCAGCUAUUAAGGAAUUGCGGCAGCACGUGCUGCCCACUAUGGUGUCUCUCGUACGCCACUACACGUUGGUGGCGAUAGCGCAGGAGGCCGGUCCGUUCGCCGGCUCGGGGGGGCCCAAAGAAGGGCUGGACGCGCUGGUCCUGGUCGACGCGAUAGCCGUGGUGAUGGGCCACGAGGAGAAGGAGCUGUGCAAGCCCGGCCACCUGGCGCUGGUGCUGAUGAUCGAGACGGCGGCCACCGUCCUGGGCAGCAAGGAGCGCGCGUGCCGCCUGCCGCUGAUGGAAUACCUCGCCGAGAGGAUGUCGGCGCUCUGCUACGAGCGCGCUUGGUACGCGAAGCUGGGCGGCUGCAUAGCGGUGAAGUUCAUGUUCGAGAAGAUGGCCCCCGAGUGGGUGUACAAGCACGUGUUCACGUUCCUGAAGGCCGUGCUGUUCGUGAUGAUGGACUUGACGGGGGAGGUGUCCUCGGGCGCCAUCGACAUGGCCACCAUUAAUCUGGAGCGGCUCGUGCGCGUCUGCGUGUCCGGCCCGAGCGGGCAGGGCGAGCCCGAGGGCGACGUGGCAGCCGCCAAGGCGCGAGCUCUUCACGACGUCUUGCAGGAGCUGGUACUGCAGAUCACGAGUCCGCAUCUGCUAGUCCGGCAACAGGCAAUGAAGUCGCUGGAACUGAUUGCGGAAUUACAAAAUAAGACUGUCACGGAGGUGAUGGAUCCUCAUCGAGAAGCGAUCGCUGAUAUCAUCCCCCCUAAAAAGCACUUGCUACGUCACCAGCCGGCCAACGCGCAGAUGGGUCUUAUGGACGGCACCACGUUCUGUACGACGCUGAGACCGCGGCUUUUCACGAUAGAUCUGAACAUAAACGAGCACAAGGUGUUCUUCCGCGAGCUGCUGUCGCUGUGCGAAGCGGAGGACGCGAUGCUGGGCAAGCUGCCCUGCUACAAGGGCGUGAACCUGGUCCCGCUGCGCGCGUCGGCCCUGCGCGCGCUGGCCGCCUGCCACUACAUCCAGGAGAAGCACUGCCGCGAGAAGAUAUUCCAGGUGCUCUACAAGUCGCUCGAGAAGAGUGACCAGGAGUUGCAGCAGGCCGGAUUCGAAUGUAUGCAGAAGUUCCUGUCAGGCUUCCAAAUCGACAUGGAAAUGGUCCAUCCGGUAAUGAGGCCACUGCUUUUGACCCUGGGUGACCACCGCAACUUGAGUGUGAAUGGAGCUAAGAGGCUCUCGUAUCUUACACAGCUAUUCCCCUCUACCUUCAGCGAGAAACUUUGCGAGCAAUUGCUGCAGUUACUCAAGAAACUUUUGGAUUACUCAAUACAGACAAACAGAGGUGGCAACUUCCUCCAAAGUGUUUCGAAGAACAUGGAAAAUGAGCAGAAGAUAAUAAUCCUCAUCGGAAUAUUCCAUCAAAUCCCAGCCGCGUCUCCGCGUUUUAUCGACGUGCUGUGUCGGCUAAUAUUGCACACGGAAAAAUCGCUCUUAAUCGAAGCUGGCUCGCCGUUCCGGGAGCCUUUGGUGAAAUUUCUUCUAAGAUACCCCAAGGAAACCUUGGACCACAUAAUGAGCGACAACAACAUCAAGGACCAGCAGUGGAGUCGGUUCCUGGUGUUCCUGGUGAAGCAUCCUGAGGCCGGCCCGGCGUUCCGCGAAGCGCUGCAGACGUCGAAGAAGAACCGCCUGAUGCAGCUGUUGGCGGCCAACAGCGGGGGCGCCACCGCCGCCCUGCCGCAGCCCGACAGGAUCGAGAUGCAGUUCCAAGCCAUUAGGGUCAUCUCGCUGCUCAUCAAAUACGAUGACCAGUGGCUGUCCACUCAGCAUGACCUCAUAGAGUUGCUAAAGCGCAUCUGGUGCAGUGAUCAGUAUCAUGAAAGUCACAAAAAAGUGGAGAACGUCGAUUGUACACAUUGGAAGGAGCCUAAAUUGAUUGUGAAAAUACUGCUGCACUAUUUCUGCCACCAUCCGUCAAAUAUUGAUUUGUUGUUUCAACUGCUGCGAGCGCUGUGCGACCGAUUCAUACCGGAUUUCCAGUUCCUCAGAGACUUCUUGGAAAAUACGGUUGCGCAAAACUACACCGUGGAAUGGAAACGCUCGGCAUUCUUCCGUUUUGUGGAGCACUUCUCGAGUGAUGCCAUGUCGCAGGAUCUCAAGGCCAAAGUGCUGCAGAUGAUUUUGAUACCAUGCUUCGCCGUCAGCUUCGAGAAGGGCCAGAAGAUUGUUGGCGGCCCGCCGGCACCCUAUCAGGAUAACCCCGAUAAUGUCGUCUCCGUUUUUAUCAAUAACGUGAUAGAUCCGGAGAACCCGUUCGCGUGCUCGGACGCGGUGCGCAUCUCGCUGCUGCAGUUCGCGUGUCUGCUGCUGGAGCAGGCGUCCGCGCACAUCCACGACGCGAACAACAAGAAGCAGGGCAACAAGCUGCGCCGGCUCAUGACCUUCGCCUGGCCCUGCCUGCUCGGCAAGAACUACGUGGACCCCGCCACGAGGUAUCACGGACACCUAUUGCUGAGUCAUAUCAUCGCAAAAUUUGCGAUCCACAAACGGAUUGUCCUGCAAGUGUUCCACAGCCUGCUGAAGGCGCACGCGGUGGAGGCGCGCGCGGUGGUGCGCCAGGCGCUGGAGAUACUCACGCCCGCCAUGCCGCAGCGGAUGGAGGACGGCAACACGAUGCUCACGCACUGGACCAAGAAGAUCAUCGUCGAGGACGGCCACUCGAUGCAGCAGCUCUUCCACAUACUGCAGCUCGUCGUCAGGCAUUACAAGGUGUACUACCCGGUGCGGCAUGCGCUGGUGGCGCACAUGGUGACGGCGAUGCAGCGGCUGGCCUUCUCGAUCACGUCCACUCUGGAACACCGGCGGCUCUCCGUCGACCUCGCCGAGGUGGCCCUCAAGUGGGAGCUGCAGCGAGUACGCGACCACGCGCAGGAUGACACCACCGUCGUGGCGACGUCGCCGAGCGGCGCGAUGAAGCGCGCGUCGGCGGACGAGAGUGGCGGCGAGGCGCGCAAGGCGCUGAACACGGGUUGGGCGAGCCCGCAGGCCAGCGUGGCCCGCCUCGAGCCCGACGUGGCCAAGCCGCUCGAACGGCCCCAAGUCGACAUCAUCGUCAACAUGCUGCUGCGCCUCGCCUGCCAGGUGAACGAAGGCACCAGCGCGAGCAACAGCGUGGCGAUUGGAGCGGCGAGCAACGCGGCCGUGGGCUCGCCCGGCGAGCAGCUCUCCCGCCGUUGCGUGAUGCUGCUGAAGACUGCCCUCAAGCCGGAAAUCUGGCCGCACCUCUGCGAGCCCAAGCUUGCGUGGCUCGACAAGGUGUUCGCGACGGCGGACACGAACGCGGCGGCGUGCGCGAACGCGUGCACCGCCCUCGAGCUGCUUGCGUUCCUGCUGGGCGUGCUGCGUCGCGAGCAGUGCUUGGCGGCGCUGAAGCCGCUGCAGCGAGGCCUCGCCAUCUGCGUGGCCUCCAGCAACGCGAAGGUGGUGCGGCUCACGCACAACCUGCUCGCCAAGCUCACCGCGCUCUUCCCCACCGAGCCCUCGGGCGCCGCGCAGGCCUCCAAGUACGAGGAGCUGGAGAGCCUGUACGCGUGCGUGAGCAAGUUCGCGUUCGAGGGGCUGGCGGCGUACGAGAAGUCGGCGGCGGGCGGGGGCGCGGGCGCGCUGCUCGGCCCGCUCAUGAUGCUCAAGGCGUGCUGCGCCUCCAGCGCCGGCUACGUGGACCGGCUGCUGCUGCCGCUCAUGCGCGUGCUGCAGCGCAUGCUGCGCGACCACGUCGCGCCCAACCCGGACGCCGCCACCUCCGACCUGCUCAUAUUAGCGCUAGACCUUUUAAAAGCCAGAGUGUCAGUAAUGCCAGUCGAAACAAGGAAAACUUUCAUCGGAACUGUACUUGUCGGGCUCAUCGAAAAGACUACAGAUGCUAAGGUAAUGAAAGCUAUCAUCCGAAUGGUCGAGGAGUGGGUGAAGUGGCGGGGGUCCCCCGUGGCUGGCGGUGCGCCGUCUUUGCGUGAAAAGUCCAUUUUGCUCGUGAAGCUCAUGCAGUACGUCGAGAAGCGCUUCCCCGACGACUUGGACCUGAAUGCACACUUCUUGGAUGUCAUAAACUACGUCUAUAGGGACGAGAAUUUAAAAAUGACGGAACUGUCGAUGAAGCUGGAGCCGGCGUUCCUGGCGGGGCUGCGUUGCCCUCAGCCCAACAUCCGCGCCAAGUUCUUCGAGGUGUACGACCAGAGCGUGCGCAGGCGCAUCUUCGACCGAUUCCUGUACAUCAUCUGCUCGCAGAACUGGGAGCACAUCGGCCAGCACUACUGGAUCAAGCAGUGCCUUGAGCUGUUGCUUGUGACAUGCGUGACCAGUACGCAGAUUCGAUUGUCCAACUCUAAAUAUUACCUGCCUAAUAUUUCCGCUGUCAUAAACUGGGCGGAUAGCGAAGAUCGCAAGUCCUUCGUUAUAUUUGCAAACGUAAAAGAGGAAUCCGCCGAUGGAUUCAGCGAUACGAUCGACCCGGAUAAAGAGGACGUUCUCGAUAUGGACUUGGAUUCGAGCUCGAACCAGAAGGACGACUUGACGAAAAACGUACCAAAUAGGCAGCGGGCGCUGAACCAGAUCGUCGCGAAGCAGUCGGAGUUCCUGGAGCUGGCGCGGCGCGUGCGCACCGAGCAGCUGGUGCUGGCGGCGGCGCAGCUCUGCCACAUGGAGGACGCGCUGGCGCACCACACCUGGCUGCGGCUCAUGCCCAAGCUGUGGGCCUCCUUCGACGAGCGCCAGCUGGGGACUGUGAUGAACGAAAUUGUACCCUUCAUUAUAUCCGGUGUGCAUGUUAUACAACGCGAUCAACCACUUAGCGCCCUGAACACAUUCAUAGAGGCGUUGUCAAGAUGCAACCCGCCGAUAACUAUAAGACCACCAAUGAUGAAAUAUCUCGGCAAGACCCAUAACCUAUGGCAUCGUAUGACUUUGAAUCUAGAACAGAUGGCAAUAGAUCAAACAAGUGCUCGAGGACAACGCGAGCAAAUGGAAAUCUACGAUUACGAGAUUGAAUCCACCACACCUACGGAAGUGCUGGAUUCGUUGAGCGAUAUGUAUGAACUGUUGCAAGAAGAGGACAUGUGGUCAGGUUUGUGGCAGAAACAUGCCAAGUUCCGAGAAACGAACGUGGCAAUCGCUUAUGAACAGCAAGGUUUCUUUGAACAAGCUCAGGCCGCUUACGAUGUGGCUAUGUCAAAACUCAAACAAGAAUAUACAGCUAACCCUUCAGCAUACAAUAUGCAUAAGGAAUGUAUUCUGUGGAGUCAACAUUGGCUCAAGUGCGCCAAAGAACUAAAUCAGUGGGACUCUCUACUAGAUUUAGGGCUGACUAGAGGUGGCCGAGACCCAUUUUUGGUGUUGGAGAGUUCGUGGAGGAAUCCAAACUGGCCGACUAUGAAAGAUGCGCUAGCUGAAGUGGAAUACAACUGUCCGAAGGAAUUAGCGUGGCUGGUGAACCUGUACCGCGGCUACCUGUGCAUCUGCGCGGGCGGCGAGCAGCAGCUGGGCGGCGUGGAGCGGCACGCGGAGGCGGCGGCGGCGCAGUGCCUGCGCGAGUGGCGCCGGCUGCCGCGCAUAGUCUCGCACGCCCACCUGCCGCUGCUCAGGGCCGCGCAGCAGCUCAUGGAGCUCAGCGAGGCCGCGCAGAUACACACCGGUCUCCUGCACAGCCGGCCCACGUCGCUGCACGACAUGAAGGCGAUCGUGAAGACGUGGCGCAACCGGCUGCCAGUGGUGGCGGACCCGCUCUCCCACUGGGGCGCCAUCUUCACGUGGCGCCAGCACCACUACCAGUUCAUCGCGUCGCACUACGACUCGCAGACCGACCACGCCUCCAACCACAGCAUGCUGGGCGUGCACGCCAGCGCACAGGCUAUAAUACACUUCGCUAAAAUCGCGAGGAAACACAACCUGUCCGGUGUGUGCUUGGAUUCAUUGCACCGCAUUUACACCAUACCGAGUGUGCCAAUAGUGGACUGCUUCCAAAAGAUACGUCAGCAAGUGAAAUGUCACAUCCAAAUGUCAUGGACGGAGGGGAAAGACGAGUUGACCGAGGGCCUGGAAAUGAUCGAAUCGACAAACUUCAAAUACUUCACGAAAGAGAUGACGGCCGAGUUUUACGCGUUCAAGGGGCUCCUUCUGGCGCAGUUGGGACGUUCCGAGGAUGCGAAUAAGGCGUUCGCCGCUGCGGUGCAGUUGCACGACACGCUGGUGAAGGCGUGGGCGCUCUGGGGCGACUACCUGGAGCAGAUAUUCAUCAGGGACCCGCGCCAGGUCACCGUGGGCGUGUCGGCGAUGACGUGCUUCUUGCACGCCUGCCGCCACCAGAACGAGUCCAAAUCUAGGAAAUACUGCGCCAAGGUUCUCUGGAUGUUGAGCUUCGACGACGACAAGAACAGCCUCGCCGAGGCGCUGGACAAGUACUCGGUGGGCGUGCCGCCCGUGCAGUGGUUGCCAUGGAUACCGCAGCUGCUCGCCUGCAUCGUGCAGUACGAUGGGAACGUCAUACUGAACCUACUGAGUCAUGUUGGGCGGCUGUAUCCGCAAGCGGUCUAUUUCCCUAUUCGCACGUUAUACUUGACUCUCAAGAUCGAGCAACGCGAGAGGCACAAGAGCGCUGAGAAUUUAGCCGCUCAUUUACCACACCAGCAAGGCGCUGUAGCUUCUGGGUCGCGCAGCGGGGCGGAGGGCUCCGGCGGUGGGGGAGCGGCGGGCGCGGGGGGCGAGGCGGGGCCCAUCAAGGCCACGCUGCCAAUGUGGCGCUGCUCCAAGAUCAUGCAGCUGCAGCGCGAGAUCCAUCCCACCGUGCUCUCCUCGCUCGAGGGCAUCGUCGACCAGAUGGUGUGGUUCCGCGAGAACUGGUACGAGGAGGUGCUGCGUCAGCUACGCGCGGGGCUGGCCAAGUGCCACGUGGUGGCGUUCCACCACCGCGCCGCCGUCGCCGACGCCACCGUCACGCCGCACACGCUCAACUUCGUCAAGAAGGUCGUCUCCACCUUCGGCAUCGGCAUCGGCAUUACCGCAUCGGAAAGCUUGGCGCGACGUGCCCAGGCAACUGUCCAAGAUCCGGUCUUCCAGAAGAUGAAGACGCAGUUCACCGCCGACUUCGACUUCACACAGCCCAACGCAAUGAAAUUGCAGAACCUGAUACAGAAACUAAGGAAGUGGGUCAAGAUCCUCGAGGCCAAAACCAAGGUUUUGCCCAAGUCGUUCCUCAUCGAGGAGAAGUGCCGCUUCCUGUCCAACUUCAACCUGAAGACGGCCGAGAUCGAGCUGCCCGGCGAGUUCCUGUUGCCGAAGCACACGCACUACCACGUGCGCAUCGCGCGCUUCAUGCCGCGCGUCGAGAUCGUGCAGAAGCACAACACGUCCGCGCGGCGGCUGCACAUCCGCGGCCACAACGGCAAGGUGUACCCGUACCUGGUGGUGAACGACUCGGGCCUGGGCGACGCUCGGCGCGAGGAGCGCGUGCUGCAGCUGCUGCGCAUGCUCAACCACUACCUGGCCAAGCAGAAGGAGACCUCCAGGCGCUUCCUGCACUUCACCGUGCCGCGCGUGGUGUCCGUCUCGCCGCAGAUGCGCCUCGUCGAGGACAACCCCAGCUCGAUAUCGCUGCUCGACAUUUAUCGCACCGAGUGCGCCAACAGGGGUGUUGAAUAUGACGCACCGGUCGCCCGUUACUACGAGCGGCUCGCGGCGGUGCAGGCGCGCGGCUCGCAGGCAUCUCACCAAGUGCUGCGCGACAUAUUACGGGAGGUGCAAGCCACCAUGGUGCCGAAGGGCAUGGUGCGCGAGUGGGCGGCGGCCACGUUCGCCGCGCCGACCGACUACUGGACGUUCCGCAAGAUGCUGACGCUGCAGCUCUCGCUGGCCGCCUUCGCCGAGUACGUGCUGCACCUGACGCGGCUCAACCCCGACAUGAUGUACGUCCACCAGGACUCGGGGCUGCUCAACGUCGCCUACUACAAGUUCGACGUCGACGACACAACGGGGGAACUGGACGGCAACCGCCCGGUGCCGUUCCGUCUGACGCCCAACAUAUCGGAGCUGCUGACCAACAUGGGCAUCACGGGCCCACUCACCGCCUCGGCAAUCGCAGUCGCCCGAUGCCUCGUCACGCCCAAUUUCAAAAUCCAGUCCAUCCUGCGGACGAUACUGCGCGACGAGAUGGUCACCGGGUGCAGGAAGCGGCUGGAGGACAAGUCGGGCGCUGUGGCGGCGGGCGGCCCCGCGGAGGGCAGGCCGGCCGAGGUGGACAACGAGACCGUGAUCGGCAUGGUGACCAAGGCGGUGACCGUGAUCAGCAACCGGCUCAACGCGCUGGCGCUGUUCGACGGGCCCGACAGCAAGGUGGCGACCCUGGUCACCGCCGCCAACAGCCACGACAACCUCUGCCGCAUGGACCCCGCCUGGCACCCCUGGCUC